AUGGAGCAAGAUAUGGAGCAAGAGAUGGAGCAGGAGCAGAUUCAAGAGGCAGAACCAGAGCAAGGGCCGAGAGCCACCCUGAGUUUGAGCAGCCAAAAGAAGAACCAUAUUGUGCAGUUCCUUCAACAGCUAUGCCAAGUUGGAGCACUGCCACAUGGUUCAUUUCAAGAGGCAGCCAAGAGAUUCAAAGUGCACAGAAGGACAAUGAGCCGCUUGUGGGGGAUAGCCAAGCAGCACAUUGAAGAUGGGAAACAUGUUGUCAUGAUGGGCAAAGCAUCAGGAUAUACUAAGAAAACAGGUAAACUAAAUUUUGCUGAAGAUAAGUUCAGACAAUUGUCUUUUCUUGAGAGAUCUUGCUAUAGAAAACUUGCUUGUAAGAUGGAAGUUAGCAAGACCACAGUUGGUAGAUGGGCAAAGAAUAACCUGAUAAGGCCACAUACAAAUGCCAUAAAGCCAGCACUCACUGAAGCAAACAAAAUCAGUAGAAUGAGAUGGUGUCUUACUCAUAUUCAGCCAGCUAUAGAUGAAGGGAAGCUUCUUUAUCAUGCAAUGCACAACACAGUUCAUAUUGAUGAGAAAUGGUUUUACAUGAUAAAGGCUUCAGAAAAAUACUACAUGUUGCCGGAUGAGGAUGAGCCUUACAUGUCUUGCAAAUCAAAAAGAUUCAUCACAAAAGUGAUGUUCAUGUGUGCUGUAAGUAGGCCACAGUUUGGCACAGAUGGGCAAACCAUCUUUGAUGGUAAAAUAGGCAUUUCCCAUUCACAGAACAAGUUCCAGCUAAAAGGAAAUCAAAGAAUAGGCCAAGAGGGACACUGGAGACAAAGCCUAUCCUAUCAGUUAACAAGUAAGCAAUGA